CGGAACCUCAGCCCUGUGCAAACUGCGACUAUUUUGCCCCGACGACCGUCUUCACCUUCUUCAAUUCGAUACCUGCCUUGGCCUAUCUGUCCAAGCGUGGUGACAAUCUACGAGUCAAGCCUAAUACGCCACCGAUCUUGAGGCGGAACUACGUUGAACCCAUCAUCAGACGAUCGAAUACCCGUUUACCAGCAGGAAACUAUGGCGGACGCUAUCGCAGACAGACCGGCAGAUGCCGUAAACGUGAGGGAGAAGCUGGAGGCGCAGAUCAAGUCCGCGGAUAUGACGGAAGAUAUGCAGCAGGAGUGUGUAGAAGUUGCUCAGGAAGCCAUGUCGAGAUUUACCAUUGAGAAGGACAUUGCACAGCAUAUCAAGCGAACAAUGGACGAGCGAAAAGGCCCGACUUGGCACUGCAUUGUUGGCCGUAACUUCGGCAGCUUUGUAACCCACGAGACCAAGCACUUCAUAUACUUUUACCUCGGCCACUGCGCUAUCCUGCUCUUCAAGACGCAGUAAUAAUGACAAGAAAUUAUGGAGUAGAUAGAAUAUGGCAUGGGCAAGUUGCGGUAGUCCCUAUGGAGGCACAGGAGGCGUCAUACUCAUGAUCGUGGAGGGCGUGUUGGUGUACGUUUUUGCGGCUUCAUCUUCUAAAUUUGAAUUAUUUAUUAUUGGGAGACUUUUUGUUACAAACAGAGAUGAUAAGUUUCGUCAUUGAGCGAGAAAAGAAAAGGGGAAUAAACUCUGGUGCUUUGCUAUAUAAGCCUAAGCCCUUUGACCAAGUGCAUCCAAUCCUACGCUAUUAACCUACCAGGGAGGUGUAAUUGAGGUCUCAAUCGAACCAAAGUCCGGAAAAGGUAGAAAAGAGGGAGCCGCGAUUUGCCUAGCAGUAGCAGAAAAAGCUCCCUCGGCGAACAAGCCAUCCGGACGAAACACUUCAGCAGCACCAGCAGCAGCCCCC